CUGCGUCUGUCCGUUCACCAAACUCCACGAUUAUAUACUCUCCAGUGACUAUAAACCUAGAUUAGCCGUUCUGCAAAUUCAUUACAGCUCACUUAGUUGUUUCUUUGAUUUCAUAUCCCCACUACACGGUAUGCUUCGAUGAGGGCGUGCCAAACUUCCUCACUUUUGCUUGCCUUAGUUUAUGGUUCCUUCCUUCAAUCUGUAUUACCUGCUACCUUUACUAUUGCGGCCUUUCUCUACAGGGAACGUUGGAGCGUCCAAUACUACCGCAACUCGCAUUGUCAUGUCCCCCGCGGUCCCACAGUGUGCGGCUCUCACGGUCUAGUACGUAUUCCAACAUGCAUAGUUGUAUUCGUUUUCGGUUACUUGCUUGCGCUGUAAGUGCGACUAACCUUUUCCCAAAUGCAGGUUUGGCGAUGCUGUUCCCGCUAUCGGAAUCUUGCCAGCUGAGUGCGACACCCCUGAAAAGGCGGUGACCAUAUACCGCGAGUCAUUUAGGACACUAACCGAGCUUCAGGCUAUUCGCUCCACUGCUACACUGGUCUGUUUUUCCUGCGCAGAUCACCUUGAGAUGCUCAUCAUGAGUUAUCACUCGCAACCUGAUGUCCUCAUCUGUCUACUAAUCUCUUUUGCAGGGAGGGAGGUUCCGCUGCAGGGGGCAGGAUUACUGACGUCGAUACCUCCCGUGAAUGGUGCUAUCUUGGUUGUGCCACUUGCUACAAAUCUGCUGUCCGACGAGAUGCCCCUUUCUGCUGUGCGAAAUGCGACGCCACGGUGCAACCACACCAGCUGAAACAAUGGUGUGCUACUGUUGUUUGCUUUCUUUUUUGCCCAACCUACUACCUAGGCUCGAUUUACUCACACUUGCUUGCUGUUUUUUUGGUCCAUGUCCUCAGCUUUCGCAUCCGCCUGAUGGUUCAUGAUGGUUCUGUAUUUGCUCCUUUUGUGUUGCUUGGCCAAACUGCAGAGGCAUUGCUCAAAGUUUCCGCAGGCACUCUCCUCGGUGCUGCCCCAGAUCGAGGCGGAGGUUAUCCUCCAGAGAUUGAAGCCUUGGUCGGCAGAGAGUAUAUCUUCGUCGUGAAUCUUCCUCUUGCCCAGAUUACAGACUCACAGGAUGACUUUUCGGUAUCCGGUAUUGAGCAGGAGGAUGCUUCCGCGACUAUACAAACAACUAAACAUGGUCCCCGCUUCCAGCGAAGCGUCACAAAGACCGCUACGACUGGACUUCAGACUCUUCCUAACAGCUCUUCGGUCCCGCUCUUCGAAUCACCCCAAAAGCGCAGUCGGCAUGGUGUUGAAGGGUUUGUUGCGCCUGUGCUGGAAGAUUCAACAGACUUUAGGGCCCCACGUCCACAGCAACCCAUGGAUAUGAGCGCAAUUGAUGGUCCUUCUGCCACAACAGCCUUCAAUGAAAUGCUAUUGGUUGCACAUGUACCAAAGACACCUGCGAAGGCCAUUGAGCUGCCUGUGCCUGCUGAUUUACUCGCCAAACUUCAGUCGCCAAUUUCUGCUGUCCUCAGUUCUCCGAUGUCAGGAAUCGACGUUGCUACCACACCAUCCAGUCAUAAAGGCAAAAGUAGUGCUUCGAGCAGCAGCAAUCCCGCCACCAUUGUACAACCUGACAAACUUCUGACAAGUGGGUCUGUGGACACAUGUGUUGUUUCCGCGGGGAAAGAACAGUCUGGACUCACUGAAAAACUACCAACUUCUUCAGGCUUGCCCAAAACCAUUCCACCUUCUAUGCUCCCAACCAACCCACUCAGUAAUCCACUUGCAAAAGUGAAGGUGGAAAAGCUAGAAGCGUCCAUGUGUCAGAAGAACAAAAAGAAAGGUUUCUAAAGGCAAGGGAGUGGCGAAAAAGCUCUUCUAAGCAUUAAAGCAUGCUGCUUGGUCACCGCCUGAUGUGCCCGUGACCCUCUUUUAUGCUAUUUUGACGUCAACCUGCUGGUUAUUCUCUUUCGGCUAAGAAUGCCUGCUAACAGACUUUUCAAUUCCAUGCUCUGCACUCUAUAUUUUGCUCCAGGCUUCACUACCUAGAACGCAACUUAAUUGUAAUCAUCCCUCCUCAGUGUGCGCAUGAAUGUUCUGAAACUAUGUUUUCACUCUUUGAACCAAUCAAUUAGUACUCUGGUUUUCCCCUACGUCAACUGAUUUUUACUACUGUACAACUCUACUUUACAAUUACUUGGAAAGAAAGACAGUUGCAGCCAACGAUACUACUACUUGGUUUUUCUUUCCAUCUUAUGUUCGGCAUUGUCCUUCGUUGAAAGAAUGUUCUCCUGUGUGAGAAAACCGGCAAACAAAAUUAAACAAAAAAAUGCAGCAUGGUUUGAAAGCUUUGCUAAUGAUUGCAUGCUUCCAAGACAAUAACCAUUUCCUGAUCAA